AUCAUCCGAACACGGUGAGCGCGUCUGUGUCGCGGUGCGCGCAGUCCGGAGCGACAUGACCAGAGUCCCGCGCAACUGGCCAGACAAACAUGGAUCUUCCUAAAGCGCUGAGUUCGUUUCUUUGGAUAUUAUUACUGAGACUUUUGGAAGAAUGUCACUCCGAGGAAGUGGUGUUGCUGAAUUCUAAAGAGACGCAGGCAGAGCUGGGAUGGACGUCAUAUCCUCCUAAUGGAUGGGAGGAGAUCAGUGGUGUUGAUGAGAAGUACAAACCCAUACGGACUUACCAAGUAUGCAACGUGAUGGAGCCUACGCAGCAGAACAACUGGUUGCAGACCGGCUGGGUGGCGCGGCGAGGGGGUCAGCGUAUUUUUGUGGAGCUGCAGUUCACGCUUCGCGACUGCAACAGCAUCCCCGGAGUCGCCGGCACCUGUAAGGAGACCUUCAACCUCCUGUACGUGGAGACUGAUCGGGAUCUUGGGGGUGUGACCAGAGAAGACCGCUACACCAAGAUCGACACCAUCGCCGCCGAUGAGAGCUUCACUCAGGGCGAUCUUGGCGAGAGGAAGAUGAAAUUGAACACAGAGGUGCGGGAAAUCGGGCACCUCAACCGUAAGGGCUUCCACCUGGCUUUCCAGGAUGUCGGCGCCUGUGUGGCCCUGGUAGCCGUGCGGGUGUACUACAAGCGCUGCCUUGCCACCGUCCAGAAUCUGGCGGUCUUUCCCGACACAGUAGCUGAAGCAGCUUUUGCUACACUGGUGGAGGUGCGUGGAACUUGCGUGAACAACUCGGAGGUUGACACAGACAGUCCUCCCAGGAUGCAUUGCAGCGCAGAAGGAGAAUGGCUGGUGCCCAUUGGGAAGUGCAGCUGCAGCGCCGGGUACGAGGAGGGACACAGCAGCUGUGAAGCGUGUCCUCCUGGAUCUUACAAAAUGUCCUCCAGGCAACAAGAGUGCUUCCCCUGUCCAGCGAACAGCGUGGCAGAGGAGGAAGGAUCGGUGGUGUGUACGUGCAAAGAGGACCACUUCAGGACCCCGCUGGACACGCCGUCCACACCCUGCACGCGGCCUCCCUCGCCUCCCAGAAACCUGAUCUACACCUUGACCCAAUCCACAUUAACGCUGGAGUGGGCAGCACCCUUUGAUACCGGCGGCAGAGUGGAUUUGACCUACACCGUGGGAUGCCGGCGGUGUGUCGGGGGGCAGUGCGAGCCGUGUGGUUCGAGCGUCGGCUUCGUACCCCAGCAGGUUGGCCUUACCGAGAGGACGGUCACCGUGGUCAAUCUUCUGCCCAACACCAACUACACGUUCACGGUGGAGGCUUUGAACGGCGUGUCGGAGCUACUUCCCAACAAGAGGUUCUUCACGCAGGUCAACUUGUCUACUAGCGUUCCUGCGCCAUCUCUUAUCAGCGAGCUCCGCGCAGAGAAGAUCGAACAGAAGAGCGUAACGUUGGUGUGGAGGAAGCCUGAGUACCCCAACAGAAGCCGGACGGAAUACGAGGUCAAAUACUACGAAAAGGAACAAAAGGAUCAAAGCUAUUCUACUGUGAAGACGGCUUCUACAAGGAUCAGUGUCAGCAACCUCAAACCUGGCACCGCAUACGUCUUCCUCAUCCGCCCGUUCACCACGCCGGCCCCUUCUUCCUCCCUGUCCUCUUCCUCCCUCACCUCUUCCUCAUCUGCAUCCUCCUCCUUGACAUCGUCCUCGUCCGCUUCUUCCUCGUCUGUUUCCUCUUCUUCUCCUCCGCCCAUCGACUACGGCGCCUUCAGCGCGCCCUUAGAGAUCCAGACGCUUGGCGAGCUGGCCCUGGCCUCCAGCGAGCAGAGUCCGGUGGUGAUCAUCAUCGUCGUGUCUGUCACCGCUCUCAUCACGCUGCUCUCACUGGGUAUUGGACUGUUCAUCUGGAGGAGACAUUGUGGCUACAGCAAAGCCUCACAAGAAGGAGAAGAGGAACUCUACUUCCAGUUCAAGAUACCCACGCGGCGGACUUACAUCGACCCUGAGACCUGUGAAGACCUGCUGCAGGCUGUACAUGCCUUCGCCAAAGAGCUGGAUAACUCAAGCAUUAAGAUAGAGAGGAUCGUGCAUUCAGGUGACUUUGGAGAGGUGUGUCGUGGAUGCCUCAAGCUUCCAAGCAAGCGAGAGCUGCCUGUGGCUAUAAAAACGCUAAGAGCGGGAUGUUCCGAAAAACAACGUCGCUCCUUCCUCAGCGAAGCCGGCAUCUUGGGGCAGUUUGACCAUGCGAAUAUCAUCCGACUGGAGGGAGUUAUCACUCUGGGCAACACGAUGAUGAUCAUCGUGGAGAGCAUGGCCAACGGAGCCUUGGAUUCCUUCCUUCGAAAACACGAAGGCCAGAUGACGGUGAUGCAGCUGAUGGACAUGCUGACAGGUGUGGCGUCGGGGAUGAAGUACCUCACUGAAAUGGGCUUUGUCCACAAACGCCUCGCUGCACACAAGGUUCUUGUCAAUGCCAACCUGGGAUGUAAGGUGUCCGGCUUCCGUCCGCUUCAAGAGGACAAAAUCGAGGCCAUCUACACAACGCUGCAUGGAGGCAAGAGCGUGGUGCUGUGGACCGCUCCUGAGGCCAUCCAGUACCACCGUUUUUCCUCAGCAUCGGACGUGUGGAGCUUUGGAAUUGUCAUGUGGGAGGUCAUGUCUUAUGGAGAGCGACCGUACUGGGACAUGGGAAACCAGGACGUCAUUAAGGCCAUUGAGGACGGCUUCAGGCUGCCCGCUCCAGUUAACUGCCCUCAACAUCUUCAUCAGUUGAUGCUCGACUGUUGGCAGAAGGAAAGGACGGAGCGACCCAGUUUCAGCCAGAUACACUCUGCGCUGAGCAAGAGCAUCCGCUCACCUGACGGCAUCGGCUCCUCCACCCUGGCGCGCAGGACGCUGGGUUCAUCCAUAACGUUAGAAGAAAGGCCACUGCCGUCCUUCCCAGCAUUUAACUCAGUAGGAGAAUGGCUGGACGCCGUGGACAUGGGGAGAUACAAGGACAACUUCACAGCGGCAGGUUACUGUUACUUGGAGUCGGUAGCGCGAAUGACCGUACAAGAUGUGCUAAGCCUCGGCAUCACGUCCCUCGAGCACCAAAAGCAGAUCCUGGCUGCCAUCCAGACCCUGAGAGCCCAAGUCAUCCAAAUGCACGGCCGCGGCGUACAGGUCUGAAAACAGCAGACGCUGGCUGUUUAACACUGCUGCAGGCGGACGGACAGACAGAGGAGGGAGAAAGGACACUCUUGCAGGGUGAACAACAGAAACUCCGGUCUCAUAUUUUCUCCGGCCUCGCCUCCCUUCCACCAUCCUCCCGAGUUCCUUACUUUUCAUCCCUCGGAGACGGGCGGCGUUCCAUGCGGUUGGGAGACCUGGGAGUGAUGUCAUGUGACAUACCUCAAUCUGACUCACUGGUGCGUGGAAUCAGUGUGGGACGACACUUGAAACUUUCUUAAAAGAAGCGGAGUACUACAAAGUUUUGACAAGAAUUUCCCUUUAUGCCCACAACGAUUCGGAGCUACGUUAUUUACCUGUGGACACAAAUGUGACGUCAGAUCAGAGACUGACUCCCCCUGUUGUAGGUCAGCGCUGAUGUUAUAUCACGUCAUCAUGGGAUAUUCCUGAAGGUUGGAAUGUAAUCCUGUCUGUGGAAAACAUGAUGAGGCUUACAUUGAAUUUCUUUCCUAUCAACAGGCUUGAUAGAAGAGAGUGGUACUCUUCCGUGUUUUAGGAAUAUCCAACGGCUUUGUGCGUCAGCGGCUGACAGAAAUAUCACAAAGCGUAAUCGUUGCGUAACAUCUCAUCACCUGUUAUUUGCUGUUUGUCGGUGUCUGUUUAGGAAUGGGUGCUUCCCAUGAUUCAUAUGCAUUUAGUGAGUGCAGAGCUCUGACUCGAGUGUUAAAUCCUGGUUCCCGCCCUGUGAGGGUCCUGCGACGGAUGGUUUCCAAGUGAAACCGUGACUCAUCUUUUCCUCUUACCCUUCGGUUCCUCUGUAAGAGUCUGCGUCACCCAAUGGUCGUGACUUUUCGUUGGCUAUGAGACAUCAGCAUUACAUGAUAACCAGUGGCACCAAGCCAUCGGGGGAAAGAUGAUCUCACUUCAUACUUGACUCCAUAGACGAUGAGGAAUAGUGAGAGCAAGCAUGAGGGACAUGGGUGGGACCCAAAGUUCCUUUUAGAUGCCCAUUGUGCCCCAACCAAGGUUGCGAUCCUCAUGUGACACAGUGAAAUGAGGAUCCAGAUUUCGCAAAGAAGUUCUGCUCUGAAAAACGAACAGACGGGAAGUGGAGCUUCCACGCUUUGGGAACGUGGUACAAAUGCUUCCGGGAACGAAGGGUCACACUCCAACGCACCUGGUAACUUAUAGGACUCUGUCUGAAAGGUCAACAACUGUUUUGAGUUCAAGGGUGAACUUGACAUCGACAUCAACUUGGUUUCUUUUUUUGGAGUCACGUCUUUCUGCAACCAUGUCUUUUGAUCUGGAGUCCUACAUACUUAAGCUUUCGCAACAGAGCCAGAAAGACGACAAGUCUCACUUUUCUAAAAUGAAAUUAUGGCAAUUAUCGGGAAUAAUAUUUUGAAUGUGAACUACGUUGCACAAUUGCAUCUGAAGGUGUGUUUAAACCAUUCCUCCUCUCACGACCAAUACCUGACACUUUGCACAGACCUCUGUCUACUUCACUUUUUCAUAUAUCAUAUUUAUGUAUGGCUCAUCAAGAAGGGUCUUUUUUAUUUAUUGCGUUGAAAUGUUUAUUUACUGUAGGAUUGUGGCGUCUAUUUGUGUUAUUUAUUCGGGAAUUCGAAUGACGGCAGGACACACAGUAUCUGUGUACUGUUACCUGUGAUUUGGGAUGAGUGUAAUGCUGGACUGUGCCGUGGGUCUCUUUGGGCGUCAGUGUGAGUGAGGAGCCAAUUCAGGAUCAAAUUUUCAAAAUUCUAAAUUCUAAAAUUAUUUUAGAUCUGUUCAUUUAAAAUUAUUUAUAAAUUUUGAUUUGACUUUUUUUCUUUUUCUUUUCUUGUUUUAUGGGCGUAAAACUGCUUUUCAGAUUCAACACUUUUGACCUGUUUGUCCUGUGUGCUACUGCAAAAUUAUUUUCUCAUCACUUUUUCAUACCAACGUUUUGUCAUUCAAACAGUAUCAUUAUUAAUGAAGUGUUUUCCUGUCAUUCAUCUCGACGCACUCAAACAUACGUAACAUCAAAACAGGCUGGCACGCAACCGGACCUUGCCACAAACACUGAAUGAAACCCCCCUUUUUUGUUGCUUUUUUUUGGAUCAUUUCUGUUGAAUACUGUAAAUAUGUAUUUGAAAAGGCGAAAUCUAUUUUUAUAAUUUGUUUGAAGAAAACGUGUUGAAUAUAAUAUCUGCUCACUGUGUUUAUGUUUGAAUUUUAGGGCUGAGAAAAUAGCUACAAAAAUUCUGGUGUUUUGAAGUGAAACUGAAAGAUUGACGUUUGUUGUUUUGAGUUAGCUUUUUCUGGAUGAUUUUUACCUGUUAGAAGAUCAUUCUGACGGCUGUUGCAAUAUUGAAGUGUGUUA